UAUGUAUGUAUUAGUGAGUGUAUAUAGUAAAGUUGGCCUAUGGUUAAUAGACGCCAUUUUUACGCAGUUGUUCGCGAUUAUCUUAUUCGUCGUCGCCUUCGAGCGACACAAAACCUUUCUGGUUUCGAGCUCUUUUGCCGUCAUUGGUGACCAUAAUCUGUCAAGAAAAUCCACAUACCGUAAACUGAGCGAUAAGAGAGAAUUGUAGCUCUCCGAUCGCACAUUCCACGAUUCCUUGUGUGUUCCGUUCUCCGAAAUCGAUUCGAUCCCAUCGCACAACCAACGAUAAUUUGGUUAUUUUCAAUUUGUUCAUGUGAAAAUGGCAUUAAACUGAAUAAAAUGUCUACCUCCAGCUCGUGUAUAUCCUAUUCUCCUUUUGGAGACUAUUUCUCCGCCCGUGUGACCACCAAUGUCAGACAGCCGUCAGAUGGAAAGAAAGCUGAAUAUGCCUGCACCGAAAUCAUUGCAGGCCAAUAACAAAACGGACGCCAAGAAACCAACAGAUUCAUCAAAUUCAAAAUACUCUAAUCGCCGCAAUGGAAAAUCUAUCGCUAUUCAGUCUCAAAGAACUGAAUCUAGUCGAAAUAUUGGCCCUAAAAAGACCUCAAAUAACUGUAAACAGCCGCCACCUCGAGCUAGUCUUUUUUGUAGAAAGAAGAGUUCCGAGGUAACUGAAUCCUUAAAUGAUGUUGAAGAUGAUGAUAUAUUGUCUUUAUUAAGACAAAGGGAACCUACUCGAGAAUGGAAUCUGCGUAGUGGCUAUGGAUCUAGAAAAAAAGAAUUACCACAAAAGUUCAACAUCAAGCAUUUUUUGAUAGCAAAUUGUCAGUUUGUUGUUAAGUUUGGAAAAGAUUAUUCUCAGUGGAUGUUGAAUCAGGAUGAAAUUGUUAGUUGGGAUUGCAUUGAACAAAUAAAAAUGUUUUCUACCCAGUCAAUAAAAUGUCCCAUAUGUAUGGACAUACCGAUAACAUCAAAAAUGACCCGCUGUGGUCAUAUUUAUUGUUGGCCUUGCAUUUUGCGUUAUUUAGAUAUAAAUAAAGAAUUGGACAUUACUGGCUGUCCAAUAUGUCAUUCAAGAAUAUCUAAAAAAGAACUACAGAGUGUUGAAAUAAUUGUCAAAAAAGAAUGCUGUGUUGGUCAACCAAUUACUCUACAAUUAAUGAAACGGGCUAGAAAUUCUUUACAAGCAUAUCCAAUUUCUGAGCUUAGACAAAAUACCUAUAGGCUAUCUGACAAUAUUCCUUUAUCGGUUUGUGAAUCAAAGUUUUCUACAUCUUAUUCCAGAAUUUUAAUUGGUCAUAAAAGUCAAGUUUUAGAUAUAUUAAACAAAGAAAGAGAAUCUCUUGUUUUACUAUUAGACAAUUGGGAAACUGAAGACAUAGAAAAAAAGUAUAUAUAUGAAGCUCUUGAAUUAUUAUCAACAAGAGAAGACCUAUUAAUAAAUAAAGAAUCAAAUUCAGAAAUAAAAAGUGCAGAUUUAGAAUCAAUAGAUUAUACUUUAAUCCCAAGUCAAGCCACACCACCAAUAUUAAAAUUACAGAACAUGUUUGAGAUUCCUGGAAGUUCUUAUAAUGCUCCUAAUGUUUUGGAGAAUAACUCUAGUUUAAAGCAAGAAAAUUUAAUACACAAUAUACAAGAAAUCAAUUUGAAUUCAAAAAAUGGUCAUGAAGUUUUACAGAAAAAACCUGCAAAAAAAGAUUUUUAUUUUUAUCAAGCUGUGGAUGGUCAGCAUAUAUAUUUAUCUGCAGUUAAUGUAGAAAUGUUAGAAUGUAUGUUUGGAUGCCUUGAAAAUAGUCCUCAACUCAUAACAGCAAAUGUAAUUGAAAAACAAUACUUAUCAAUGACUGAAGCAUUAAGAAAACGCUACAGAUUUCUAUUACAUUUACCAAUAACUACAGUUUUUGAAUGGGUUGAAUUAGAUUUGGCCAAUAUAGUCAACCCAGAAACCUUGUUUAUAUUUAAAACCAAUUUAGAUGAAAGGAAAGCUAUAAGAGAUAGACGUGUUCGUGAUGAACAACGACUGGCUAAACGUAUUGAAGAAAGGAAUAACAAAAAACAGUUACCACCUCCAGAAUGGCAUAAUAAAAAUGUAUUCCCAGAUUGUGGUUAUGAUCCAUUUGCUGAUAAAAGUAUGGUGCCUUUAAGCGAAUCAAUUGGAAUAACAUCAACACUUGAACAAAAUCUAGGGAAUUCUCCUAAUAGUUCACCAAAUAAUUUAUCAUUUGCAAAGGCAUUACAGAAUGAAAGUAUCACAAAUAACCCAGAUAUGGCUUUACCAAAUGUAUCUUCUCAAUGGCCUUUACUCGGUUCUAGAUCAAACUCAAUGCCUAUUAGUAAUAUGUUGGAAGAUGCUAUUGCUAACAUAAACUUGCAUGAUAAUAAAUCAAAAAAUAAAAAGAAGAAACGUAACAAAUAUGAAAAAUAUGAA